UGACAGUCACAAUGGUGUGGCGGCCAGCAUAUCCAAGCACGUUUACUUCGUUUACUCAACCCGACAGACGCCCGACAAGCCAAGCCUCGACGUUGGCCAACAAACGCAAGGUCAAGACAAUCGUAGCUAUUGUUCUGACUAUCCGGAGGGGUACUUUGUAGGGGGUCUCCCGUGCGAUUGUCCGCUCUUCAAAGCGAUUUCGCACCGGAUCUCCUCCCUACAAUUCCCCACUUCCAUUCUCUCCACCAAGUCUCCUGAAAAUUCACCAUCGCUCGCCCCCAGCACGGGGCAUUUCUACACUACACUCUCUACUAGUCUAACAUGACCACCGUCCCAGCACCGAUCGCUCCCCAAUCUGGGGAAGAAUGGCCCGACGCCGACUUCGACCUUCCUGAAGGAGACCACAUAAGGUCUCUCGUAGUUGAAUCCGACAAAGAAGAUGAAGAUGAAGGCAUGGACUGGGACACCGAACUGGACUUUGGGAAGACGGGUGGCGCAAAGGCUAACGCUGUUGUCUCCGCCCUGGCCGCUCGGAAUGAGCUCUCCAGACUGAGUUCAGGCGGCAUGGUCACGAUCCGACCUCCCCUUACUUGUCAGGAGGAAGAGGAGGAGGAUGAAGGUGUAUCUACCAUCAAAGUCGCCCAUCUUCCGAGAACCACUGUCAACAAGCCGCCCCCCACCCCCAUCGACGAGGACUUUGAGUCCGCUUUCGCUCUCCCGUCCGACCUUACACAACUUUCUCUAGCCCCUCUACCACUGAGCCAUCGAUCAUCAAAGAAUUCCCUAGAAUGGGGAGACAGGGAUCAAACCUCUUCCUCACAAUCAUCAGAUGCCUACUCUACCCUUGGCUUUGCCGAUGCUUGCUCCUCGAAUUCAGCGUCCUCGAUCUCUUUACCAGGGACGGAGGAAAGUGAUUGUGAGGAAAAUGAAAGCGAGCUCGAAGGUCUUGUCAUUCCGCUGGGUUUAUUUGAAUCUGGACAGAGUGGAAAACAUCUCAAGAGGUUGCUUGAGAUAAAGAAGAAAACCCAGAUAGCCGACCACAGGGUAAAACCAGCGUAUCCAGACCCUGAAGAUGAUUUUGAAAUGGGGCUCGUCAUCGAAGACGAUGACGACUUUAACCCCAGCAGGCUCGUCAGCGCAAAGCAGACGCAGCAUCCCGCCACUCGCAGUAAGAGCGCUCCUGCCAGAGCUCCUCCCCCUGCACGACCUCCCUCUCGGCUGAGGACAGCUCGUGCCAAAUCACCAAUCAACCCUCCCGUAUCGUCCGCUCGCCAGCUCCAGCGUAUCAAGUUGUCCUCAUCCCCUCCUCCGCUAGUCCCCACUUCCACACGUACAUACAAGGAGGCCCUCACCACAGCACCUCCGACAUCCACAAAUACCCUUUUGUCUCCAAAGCCUGGCAGUUUACGCGGACAAAAAUCACAUUCAGGUCUCAAACCUCUGACACCACCAUCCCAACGCAGAGGACUCACUCGCAAAGCCUCGUUGUCCUCAUUAAUGGAAACCAGUACAUCCCAAGCAGCAGGCUCCGGGAUAGUUUACACAACAGGCUCUUCGACGGUAGCGAAGCCUACGAGGUACGAUGCUCCUACAGCUGCAUCGCGUGCUAAAUCACAUACAAGUUCCACGAGUCGGAUGCACACACUUGACUUUAUGGUACCACCCACGCGACCAUCAACUCCUUCAUCAAAUUCUGCUGCUUUACGUCUGACUAUGCCCACCUCGUUGCGUGUAAAAUCGAGACCCUCCCUGUCCUCCGUGUUUCCAGGCUCUUCUCCCAACCCCUCACCCCAUCCAGCGCAUCGUGCCACUUCUCCUAUUCCUCACCGUCCUCCGUCAACGUCCUCGCUACGAAAGGGUGUAGCACCCACUCAGAUGCCUUCUAUCACCCCAUCCAUAGCACCCAAACUACUACGCCGCCCAAAGCGGCAAAGAACCUAUGGCGACGGUACGGAGCUGGACGGUUUCGAUGAUCUCCCCACCGAUCGGGAGAAGGAAUGCAAGUUUCGAAUACAGCCCAAGGCCAUGGGCCGAGGCGUCGUUAACGGCGUGCUGAAGUCUUCUGACAAGGAGAAAGAGACGGGCACAAUGCGGAAAAAGGGGCGAAGAGAUGGGCGCAGUCCCACUCCAGAUUCAUCAGCCGCAUUCACACCUUUUACUAAUACUCUGAGGCGUACUGGUUGUUUCGAGCUUUCCAAAGUCAGUGCCCCAGUCGUGGAGCCUGUUCGAAAGAAAAAGGAUGCUUCUUCGCAAUCCCCAGUGCUCGGUCAUACCAGAAGGAAACCAACGCUCAUACGACAUCUCGGUAUACCCAGUGGCCCAAAAGUGGUAUGUGGCAUGAAAUGGAAUCCAUCAUCUCUUCGUUGGGAGGGAAAUGAUCAAGUGCUCCGGGACUUUGAUGCAGUUGUCGGCACAUCGACCCGCCCGGCCUUAAUAACGCAUCUUACCGGUUCUUCUAUUGGCUCGCCCGUAGGUUCCUUCGCUUCUGGAGCGCGAAAAGUUGGCAAUAUGAUUUUCGACCCUGCUCGGAUGUGCUGGAUAUCAACGCUGCCUCCGGGUGAGGAGGAGCCUGAUGUUUUUGCUGACUUGGCUGAUGAUGAAGAUGAGGAAGCAUGGGAGACCAAGGGAGGAACGAUACGUGCUAGCCAGCAGAGUUCCGCAGCUCAUGCAACCCUCGAUACGAGUGUGCCUUGCUCAUCAACAAUUGUAGUCACUGCUCCAAGUCCAGCGCGCAGCCGCACUCGAACAACCUCCGAGUCGGAAAGUGACCGAGGCUCGCGAGCCUCAAUAGUCUAUGAUGUUGCGGACGAUUUCGUGGAGGUUUGCCGCUCCGCCGAAGAUCGACAUCGUUCAGAAAUAAGGGGCUGGCGUUCACUGGCGUCACGACAAACUGACCCUUUUGCUGAACCUGACAGGUCAUUUUUGUACGAGAUCCGCGCACUCGCAACGAGGAAGUACUGACUAGUAAAUUCCUACCUUGUCUUCUCAACUUCAUCCAUGUCCUUUAAGUGGACCUUCCGAACUUUUUCGUUCGCAGUAUAGAGCUUCGGUGACUCGACAUUCACACUCGUUUUGUAUCCUUUGUUCUUGCUAUCUUAUAUUAUUGUCUUCCAUGUCACAUCCUUGGCCAUGCAUGUGAUAUGGAAAUACUACGUGUUCACAUAAAUUGCGACUUGUAGGGAAUAAUUGAUUGAUUAUGGUGCCAACGGUGGACGACCGCAUUGCUCCUGGACAUGGGAAGAUAACCUGCUCUCUCAAUGGUGUAUCGGUU